AUGUGGAGAGAGAUUACUACCUUCAGUAGUACUGUUACUUGUCCUUGGCUAGUCAUGGGAGAUUUCAAUGCAGUUUUAUUAGCUGCUGAUAGGGUAAAUGGAAAUGCAGUUACUGAGGGAGAAACUAAAGACUUUGAUAGCUGUAUGGAUGCUGCAGGGUUGGCUGAGCUUAAAAGUUGUGGGAGUUACUACUCUUGGAGCAAUAAGGGACAAGGUAAUUUGAGAAUUUGUUCCAGAAUAGAUAGAGCUAUUGCCAAUGCAUUGUGGCAUGCUACAUUUGUUGAUGAUGUGGUGGAUUACUUGCCUCCAGGAAUCUCUGAUCACUCCCCUCUAGUUAUGUCUUGUAAUAUUCACCUGGGAGGAGGGAGUAGACCCUUUAAAUUUUUUAACUAUAUGGCAGACCAUGCUCAAUUUCUUGAUGUGGUUAAAAAGGGAUGGGAUGUGUCCUGUCCAAGGAGUGGUUCCAUGUUGAAGGUAUGGACUAAGCUUAAAGCAGUAAAGCAAGGAUUGAAGGAGCUUCAUCACAAAGAUUUUGCUAAGCUUGAUGAGAGAAUUGAGGGGUUAAGGGCUGAUUUGGGUCAAAUUCAGACUCAGUUAGCAGCUUGCCCUACUGAUAGUAAUGUGCAACAAAGUGAGAGGGAGUGUAGUGAGACUCUUAAGAAGUUAUUGCAUAUUCAGGAAAGUGCAUAUAGACAUAAAGCAAGAAUUCAGUGGCUGCAAGUAGGAGAUUCUAAUUCUAAAUUCUUUUUUAGUGCAAUGAAGGAGAGGAUAGCUAGGAAUAGCAUUGAUAUCUUGUAUGAUUAUUCUGGAAAGAAGCUAAGCACUACUCAGGAAAAUCAGGAGGAAGUUAGCUCCUUCUAUAAGCAAUUGAUUGAUACUUCUUAUUCGCUCACUUGA